GCGAGGUCCGCAGUUGGUCGGCGGACGGUAGUGAGGGAGGGCGUGUGACAAAACAAACUCAACGCUACAAAUGACCAGUGAUUUUGAAAGCUUAGAAUAAUGUGAAGGAAAAAAAAAUGACCUAUCGCGCCCACAGUGAUGAAGUGAAUAGAAACAAACCGUGAUAAAGUGGCGGAGAGAGAAAGAGACUCGUGAUUGAGAUAAACUGCAGAGACGCGCAGCAGGAGAGGAAAAAAAAAAAAGGGAAAAAGAAAGUUAACUCUACGAACAAGGAAAUGUAAUGUGAGACAGAAAAAAAGAAAGAAAGACAGAAUAAUUAAAUAAGAGAAAGAGAAAAAAAAGAAACAGAAAAAUUACAAAUACUUGAUGUUAAAAAGUUACUAAAAACUAGAGAAAAAAAAACUAAGAAAACAAAACAUACAAAAAAGAAAACAGGAAAUAAAAGACGAAUCCAGUGAAAAAAAGACAAAACCAAGACAAAACAAAGCGAAAAAAGAGAAAAGGAAGACAACAGAGAGAAAAAGAUAAAAGGAAAAAAAGAAAAGAACAAAAAAAAAAACUGAAAUGGUGGCCAGAAAGAUCCUCUCUAACGCACGCUACUGCCUAAUACAUUCAAAAAGACCACCUCGGCACUAGGAAGAAGGCGAGGAAGAAAAGAAGAAAAAGGAGGAGGAGGAGGAGGAGGGGGAGGAGAAGGAGGAGGAGAGAGAGAGAGGAGAGAGCAGGAGGAGUACAAGGAAAACGGCUCCUCAAAAUGGCGGCUCUCACCUCCCUCUUGUCUUCUUUCUUGAAAUACCUGCCGCUCUUUCACCUGGCGUGCUGCGUGCUGCGCGUCGCUGCGGCAGGAGGAGGAGAGACCUUGAUGCCGCAGUCCAGGAGCGAGGUCACCAAUUUCACGGCGGCAGUGGGCAAGUCGGCCUCGCUUUCCUGCCGCGUCCAGAACCUCACUCUAUAUAAAGUGGCUUGGUUUCAUAUGGACAGGAAGAUGCUACUCACACUGGACAAAAUGGUGGUGACCCGCAUCCCUCGCUUCUCCGUGACCCAGGAUGACCCCAACACCUGGACUCUGCACAUAGACGCCGUGACCCGAGAUGACCGCGGCCAGUACAUGUGUCAGGUCAACACGGAACCCAUGGUCACCCAAAGCGGCUACCUUGAUGUUGUGGUUCCCCCGGAGAUCGUGGAUGACCUGAGCAGCGGGUCGAGUGUAGUAGUGCAGGAAAACGGAAACGUGACCCUUACUUGCCACGCCGAGGGGAAUCCGAAGCCUCGCAUCUCUUGGGUGAGGGAAGACCAACGUGCCAUCACCAUCAGCAAGCGCAGCAAAGUAGUGAAGCACGAGGAACCGACGCUGAGGCUGCAGAAGGUGUCGAGGCGGGACAUGGGCGCCUACCUGUGCAUCGCCUCCAACGGUGUGCCGCCCUCAGUGUCCAAGAGGAUUGAGCUUAAAGUUCAGUUCUCCCCUAUCGUGCUCCUCCCUAACCAGCUGAUGUCGGCGCCUCUCGGUUCGUCUGUGUGGCUGGAGUGCAAGACGGAGGCGUACCCUAGAGCCGUCACCUUCUGGAAACACAAUCACACAAUGGUCAUGUCAACCAAUAAGUAUAAGCUUGAGGAACUCCACCAUGACGACUACACCACAACAGUCAGGCUCACCAUCAAGGAGCUGGAGAAGGAGGACUUCGGAAAAUAUCUGUGCUACUCAAGAAAUUCCUUUGGAGAGAACGACGGCACGGUGGAGCUUCACGAGCUCACGAGGCCACAGACCACCACCAACAGGAAGAAGCCGCCCAUCAACCCCGAGCACGUGAACUCCAUUGAACAGUAUCCGAAGAGUGGUCACGGGGGCCGGAGCCAGAACCAGGUGAUUUUUAACCCCGGGGAGAGCGGCGGGGGGAUGGCGCCCGGGAGGAAGGUGAGUCACGAGCUGGGACAACGCAUGGACCUGGGCGGCGGCGUGGGCGGCGGUGUGGGCGGCGUUGGAGGAGGCGGCACAGGACAGCAUCAGACCAGCCAGCUCGGGCGAGGCUCCUCCGUGAAGAACAUCAUCUCAAGCAUGAUGCCCGGGAAUACAGGGACCUGCAGAUGUCCUCCGACCUCCCCCUUCCUCCUGCUCGGCUUCCUGGGGUUCCUGAUGCUUCCCCAGGCCGCCAGAUGAAGGACUUAGCCCCCUGCUACCCCCAGGAUGAAAACCCCACCCAAGGAUAGCCGAGGAGACCCCCCCCCCCUAUCAAGCUGUUAAAAGGCUCUAUUCACGCAGCUGCUUGCUAACUCUCUUCAUCCUGUGAGAAAAUAAAGGAUGUUUUUUUUUUUUUUUUUGAGAGAGAGAGAAAGAUUUGUACCUACACUUUUCCUCUUGCUGUGUUGCUUAGGUUUGCUGGUUGUGUUUAGAUGCUGCUAGUGGUGGUUAUGUUGUUCAUCUAGUACUGGUUAAUUUAUUUGAUCUGGUGUGUGUGUGUGUUUUUUUUUUUUUUAUAUAUAUAUUUGAGUCUUUUCUUUUUUUCUUGUCUGUAGGAUGUGAAAAUUGUCUUGUGGUGAUGAUGAUGGUAGUGGUGGUGAUGAUGAUGAUGAUGGUGAUGGUGCGGAAGAGUGUAGGGUAUUAUAUAUUAUGUUAAGUGAUUUAUUGUGACUGCUAGUGUAGUAGUUAUUAUUAUUAUUAUCAUUAUUAUUAUUAUUAUUAUUAUUAUUAUUAUUAUUAUUAUUAUUAUUAUUAUUAUUAUUAUUAUUACUACUACUACUACUACUACUACUACUACUACUACACCACCACCACCACCACCACCACCGCCACUCCUCUUAUCUUUCAAGUUGCAGUAAUUUCUCGUCCUCCAUUUAUUACUUGGUUUAAUUUCAACAUCACCUGAUAACUUGUCUUCAUAUGCUUGGUUUUUACUCUCCGUUCUUCGUUUUCUUUAGUUUUCCAUGUGUUGCUUGAGUUACCUGUCUCACCUGUCUGCUUAAUUACCACCUACUGACAUUUUGACACACUGAGCAGUAUUGCCAAGUCGAGGCGAUGUACCCUUUGCAACGCUGCCACUACUCUUCUCCUGUUUACAGAAAUAUGACGAAAAAAAAGUGUUGCCAAUACCAUUAGACUGAGAGUAACCUUUAGCAGUGUUGCCAGCAGCCUUGAAAGAGGGGUAGGUUACAUUUAUUAUAUAAUAUUAACAAGUGUUGCCAGUGACGUGGUUGACCUUCUGUGUUCCUAGUUUUUUGGCAGGUUCGGCCCGACAGUGUUACCAAUGGCUCAAUCCACUAUUACCAUAUCCCUGUGUUGCCUCAAAUUACCUACGUACAUGUGUGUGCACCUUCGAGUUGUACAUAGAGAUAGACGUACACGCUCUGCUAGAAUGACCUGUGUGUGUGUGUGUGUGUGUGUGUGUCGUAAAGGCAAAAUUAUAUAAUUACACUCGUAAGUAUGUAUGUAUGCAUGUAUGUAUGUAUGUAUGUAUGUGUGUAUGUUUGACUCGCUCAAGUAAGCCUCCUUGACGUCAUUUGCAAGAGGAAGGAAGAACAGAAGAAGAAGAAGAAGAAGAAGAAGAA